AUGAGCUGUGACAAUGAUUCAAUUAUAGAACAUUUGGUUAAUUCAGUCCUCGAGAGUGUUUUUGUAGGGGAAAUCUUCCGAAUUCAUCGUGAUUUGACAAUAAAUAAAUUAAUUGGAUUUAAAGAAUGGGGAGAAGAAGAGGAUUGUGAUUCUAUUAAUGAAGGUAAACAAACAACGAGAAAAUCCUCAAUUUCUGUUUCUCUUCGGAAUCCUAGAAACAUUGAAUGUCGCUGUUUUGUGUGUAGCAGGAUGAUUGCUGCUGUAAGAUUUGCUCCACAUUUGGAAAAAUGUAUUGGGAUUGGGAGGAAUACAAGGGUAAGACGUCGUGUCAACAUUGCUCCCACCUAUGAAGCUUCCACAAGUAGCAACGUUCCCUGCAGAACAACACGUUCUUCAACACUUCGUUCAGCCACAAAAACAACAAAUAAUCUUCAUGAAAAGGUUAUCAAUACAAAUUUUAUUGAGGAAGAAAAAAGGGAAGAGGAUGAAGAUGUGGGGGAAGAAGAAGAAGAAUAUACUCUUCAUUUAAGAGAUAGACUUAGAAAUAAAAAUAGAUGAUUUUUGAGGUACUUUUUGAGGUUAAAAAGAUUUUUUUUGAAAGUUUUUUUUGGUAAUUGUCGGCUAUCCCUACCAGAGCUGCACGAAAAUUUUUCGUUUCAUGUUUCUAGAUUUUCGUGGAUUUUUGAUGAAUUUCGUUUUGUUUCGCAUUUCGUUUGCUAAUAAUUUUUUUUCGUUUCUUUCGUUUCGUUUUUCUUAAAAAAUAUUUUUUCGUUUCGUACAUUGACAAAUUUAUUUUUUUCGUUUUGUCGAGAGAAAAAUUUUCAUUUUCGUGCAGCUCUGAUCCCUACGGACUUUUUCUGCGGGCUUUUUUCCGGUACUUAUUUAGUCCCCCCUCCCCCCCCUCCUGUCCGAAUAUUUACUUGAU